AUGAAGUUCUCCGCUGUCGCUCUCCUCACCCUCGCCCACGGCAUUCUCGCCAUGCCCCAGAUCUCCGACAAGACCAACGAGAUGGCCAAGAGGAGUGCACAGAUCCACAACCCGGACAUUUGCUUGCGGGUUUGUUGGAUUGAGGAGUCCCAGUGCCCUGAGGCCUGGUACGCGAGCCAGCAGGGCGAGUGCUGGACUUGCUGCCGGCGAGGAGAAGUAGAUGGAAGCUUUUAG